AAAGUAGCGGGCGAAGGUUCCCAAAUCCUCAUCUCACUCGCCUCCGAGCUUCCCGCCCGCAAACCUCAUCGCCUUAUAAAACCCUAGCUCCUCCUCCCUCUCUCCCUCUCUCUCUCUCUCUCUCUGUAUGCACUUCCUCUUCACAAAGCUCUCGCUUUUCCCCCCUCGAAACCCUAAUCUCUUAAACCCCUCAGUGUUCAUCGCCGGCGCUUCGCUUUCUCCAAUGGCGGCAUCCAAAGUAGUCGCCGAGUACGCGAAAUCCAACCGAUCGUCCUGCAAGAGCUGCGGAAAAUCCAUAGCAUCCGGUUCUCUGAGGCUAGGGUUGUCGAGUAAAGAUCCUCGAGGGUUCGAUCUCGUCAAAUGGCAUCACUUGGGUUGCUUUCCGACCAGACCCCAGCCGUUCAAGGCCGCCGACGAGAUCAAGGGGUUUCCUUCUCUCAAGGAUUGUGAUCAGGAUGCACUGAGGAAGUUAGAGGCUGCGGCAUCAUCCGAUGAGCCGGUUGAAAAGGAACACAAAAGGGAUCGCCAUGGAACUGAUGGAUUAGAGAGGAAUACGAAGAAAGUUAAGAUUUAUGAUAGAGACAGUGGUGGGAGCGAGGAAUUUGAACAGAAGAGCUUGGAGGAGGUGAAGAGAUCUGGUGAUAGCAUGGAAAAUCUUUUGGAGGUUGCAUUUUCUGUUUCUGAUAUCAGGAAAACAUACAAGGAUGCUACCCUUUCACCAAAUUGGAAGUCCUUUCAAACAGUUAUUUUCCGUGAACGGGAAGACGGGCUUAACGACUCUGAAAAAAUUGCUGCAUUUGAUUUUGAUGGGUGCCUUGUGAACACAUCUGUGAAAAGAAUUGGUGCAAAUGCCUGGUCUCUUAUGCAUUCAUCAAUCCCAGAUAAGCUGCAAGAACUGUACAAGAAUGGUUACAAGCUGGUUAUCUUUACCAAUGAAUCUAAUAUUGAACGUUGGAAGAAUAAGCGCCAACAAGCUGUUGAUUCCAAAAUAGGAAGGCUGGACAACUUUAUCGGUCGUGUUAAAGUACCAAUUCAGGUGUUUAUUGCCUGUGGGAUAGGGAAAAACAAAGAUCAGACUGAGGAUCCAUUUCGCAAACCAAAGCCAGGAAUGUGGAUACUAAUGGCAGAACACUUCAAUUCUGGCAUUGCAAUUGACUUGGAUCACAGAUCCUUUUAUGUUGGUGAUGCGGCAGGAAGAGUCAAUGAUCAUAGUGAUGCCGAUAUUAAAUUUGCUCAGACACUUGGACUGAAAUUUCAUCUGCCUGAGGAAUUCUUUGGAGCUUGAUGGCUCGAUCUCAUGCGUGAAGAUCUCAGGUUUUUACCGUAAUGCUUUCCGAAAGGCAGGCAGCUGUGGAAUUUGCGUGACCCCUAACAUGGCAUUGCUUCAGCUGCAAAUCUCGCCUCCGUAUGACUUUUUGAGUCCUUAUGUGCAAAGAUCGUCUUGUCAUUGCUUAUUUUGAUGAUUAUAAACAGUGAGCAAAAUUCAAGGGAACGUAAAUCUGUGGUACCAAUUUGACUCUUUUUUUUUCCUUUGACAAACUUGCUUUUUAGUAUCUUGCUUCAAGCACUAAUGCAUGUGAUUAACUUGAACUUGUGGAGCAAGCUGCUCUUAGAUGCACAAAUUUUCAAUUAGAAGCGCUUUACUAGCGCAGUGUUCAUAAAUUUCAUUAUUUCAACAUUUGUGGUGGUUAUGAAAAUCAUAUCCGGGUCUUC